AUGAAUGAUGUGACGCUCAUUAAAAGUUUGCCUGAACGUGUAUUGCGCUUGCACGUGGCUACAACGAAAGUUAAUGACCAAACGUGUUUGGGCGACACUAUAAAACCAGCAGUAAUAACAGCGCUUGCUCAUUUCUGGAGGUCCUGCAUGACCUUUACAAUGAAAAUAGCAAUUGGCGUUCCUCAUGUGGAACAGAACGUUUACACGGAAUGGGAGAGUAUACUCGACUCUUUAAGUGCAUCUGAACUAGAACGCUUGGAGAAUGAUGCGAUUUUAGAAUGUGCUUUACCAGGUAAAUGAGUGAAUUACAUUAAUCAAUCACAUUUAAACUCAUGUGUGUUUGUUUAACCAUUUUUUGUUUUUUUUCACGCUUCUUUUAGAUGAUCCAUUUGAAUCUUUUACAAAUGAGGAUUGGCAAAGGGUUGACGCGUCUGUACGACAAAAUACUGGUAGGUUAUUGGACAAACUGCUGUCCAUCUGAUAGAGUACCAGUCUCAAAAAUUAUUUUUUUUGUUGUCAUUACAGGAUAUCGUUGCGACAAGUGCGACAAAGUUUAUAAGCAUUCGUCUAAUCUUUCGAGGCAUAAGCGUACUCAUGGUCACAACAAAAGAGAGAACUCUGGUAAGUUAAAAACUUAA